GCUGAUCGAUUCCGGAAUCUUACACAUGCAGCAAAGCGAACGAUCAGCAGCUUCCAAACUACUGAAAACCGGCACAGCCCCGACUCAAUACGGUCGUCCAACAUGAACGGGGCAUUAUUUGGCGGGAAUACAUCCAUCGAUGCCGCCAACUACGACCCCAUCGACCACCUCAACCAACUCUUCUCGCACCCGUCGACCGUCACCUCCAUAAGUCGCGUAUCAGAUACUCUGCAAACCCACAAGAAUGACCUGGCCGUCGAAAUUUCCGAACUUGAGGUCGCCCAGGCCUACGGGCCCGACUCCAGUCUCGAGCGCAUGCAAUCCGCGCAAGCCGAGCUGGCCCAGCUUUUCCGCAAGAUCGAGACGGUGCGAUCUCGAGCAAUCCAGACCGAGCAGAACAUCACCUCCAUGACGGCUGAUAUCAAGCGACUCGAUGGCACGAAGCGGAACCUGACGCUGAGCAUGACGGCGCUCAAGCGACUGCAAAUGUUGACGACGGCAUACGACCAGCUGAGAGCCCUGGCCAAGUCGAGACAAUACCGGGACUGUGCAGGUCUGCUGCAAGCUGUGCUACAGCUUAUGAAGCACUUCAACAGCUACAGGAGCAUCGAGCAGAUCGCCACUCUGAGCAGAGGGGUCUCGGAACUGCAGCGUGAAUUGUUGGAACAGGUCUGCGAAGACUUUGAGAUCGCCUUCGCCAAGGCAGAGGUAGGCCAGCGCAGGGGCACGCUGGCCGAGGCCUGUCUCGUCAUGGAUGCUCUGGGCGAUAUGGCGCGGACAAGGUUGAUGAACUGGUACGUGAACACGGAGCUCCGCGAGUACCGCCAGGUCUUCAGGGGCAACGACGAGGCCGGCAAUCUGGACAAUAUCGGCCGCAGGUAUGCCUGGUUCAAGCGCAUGCUCAAGACACACGAGGACGAGCACGCCGUAAUCUUCCCUCCUCACUGGCGUGCGAAUGAGCUAUUGGCCAUGGCCUUCUGCGACGGCACGAGGGAUGACUUCAAGGGCAUUCUCGAAAGGAGCAUGCGGAGGACCGAUGGGCAGAAGAUCGACGUCAACCUCCUGCUGAGCUGCUUGCAGGAGACAUUGGACUUUGAGCACGGUCUCGAGAAGCGAUUCGCCAACGAGCCUCGUGCCAGCAUUGACACCUUGAGCUCUUCCGAUGACAGAGCAUCCAACUUCCAUGGCUCUAUAUCUGCCGCCUUUGAGCCUUACUUGAGCCUAUGGGUGGAUUCACAAGACAAGCAACUCGCCAGCAUGAUUCCAAAGUACCGCAGCCAGCCUCUGCUUCCGGAAGACGAGGAGUUCUCGUCGCAGGCUGUCAUCUCAUCCGCCAUUGAGCUUUUCCACUUCUACAAACUCACCCUGUCGCAAUGCGCCAAGCUGUCCACCAGCGACCGACUGCUGGAUCUUUCCAAAACUUUGGCCAAGUACCUCGACGAGUAUGCGCAGCAGGUUCUCUUGCACAUUCUCCAAAGGGCAGGGCCCCAGGGACCACCGAUUCAGGACGUCAUUUUGGUUUUGAACACGGCCGACUUUUGGUCUACAAACACCACACAGUUGGAGGAAAACAUCAAAAAGCGUAUCGACAAUGACCUCGUUGGCAAGGUCGACCUUUCGUCGCAAGCCGAUGCAUUCCUUGGUGUGGCUAGCGCCGCUGUGCUGACUCUGGUGCGCAAUGUCGAGAUUGCGUGCGAAGGCUCGUGGCGCGAGAUGCGGAACACGGGCUGGAGCACCAUGGAGAGCGUGGGAGACCAGAGCUCUUACGUCGGCGAGCUCCUGUCCUCCGUAAACAGCAAGACCGAGGAAAUCCUAGGCCUCGUGGUCAAGCAGCAAUACGCAAGAGCGUUCUGCGACAACCUCGUGGACCAUCUUGUCAACGCCUACAUCAGCAAUAUCGUCCAGUGCCGUCCUGUGUCCGAGGUUGGCGCCGAACAGAUGCUGCUCGACAAAUAUGUCUUGACGAAAGCGUUCGAGAACCUUCUGUCCUACCACAACAAGGCUUCGGCGGCGACGACGCACACGGCACCGGCAAGCUAUGUCAAGCGAGUGAAUCAGACGAUGAACCGCAUUGAUCCUCUCCUCAAGACGCUUCAGGUUCGCCCGUCGCCGCCGGAAGGCCUCGUACAAGCAUAUCUCAUUCACAUUGGCGAUCGGUCCGACACCAACUUCCGAAAGAUCCUUGACCUCAAGGGCGUCCGCAAGGGCGACCAGGGCCAUCUGGUAGAGCUCUUUGGCAUCCACCGCGAGGGUAACCUGAGCGACAAGCUCGUGCAACAGUCCCCGUUGCUGACGCCGCUUAUGGCGACAACGGGGCUCGGCAGCUCCGGCCUAGGACCCAUCAACGCGAGCAAUGCGCUUACAACGGCCAGUAGCGCGAUGCCCGGGCUGCCGAGCAAGUUCGACGCGACGUCUCUGGGCGAGAAGCUUCUCAGCGCGGCCCGGGACCUGGGGCAGGGGACAGGUCCAGGGGGCAUCGUGGGAGCGGAGAAGGCGACCAUGAACGAGAACCUCAAGAACUUUGGCAAGUUCUUCCGGAGGGAUCUCGGAGGGUUCGGGGCGAGGUUUGGAAAGAGGGAUGAGAGCACUGAUCGGUGAUAUUGAGAUUUUGUUAUGGUCAAAUCGACGAAGGCAGCCCAGAUACAAGGCGGGACAGGCAGGCCAGGCUAUUCGUUCUAUCCAUCUCCGUGGCCCGAACCGAGAACUGGCUUGCUUGCACCACAUCUGUGAUGAGUUCGGAUGGAUGGUUCGACGGCGACUUUUGUCACUCAUCAGACAUAAAGAGAUGGCAGAUGAUGGCAAGGCGUCAUGGCAUUGACUUAUGUAGACACACCCAUCUUCCCACUCCCAAUUCGCACAUGUCAAUCAGACAGUAUCUUCGCUUCCGGAGCGGGGAAUCGCGACCUGCCUGCCACUUUUGAAGCUUGCCAAUGAAUGCCUAGCACCAAAAAAAGACCAAAAAGAAGGAAAGUAGCUAAACAUGUAUGCAUGCAUGCCUACCACCCACCUACCUACUUACCUACCCACCAUCGACCACGGAUGAAAGAA